CUUAUAAACACUAUAAUGACAGAUCAAAACCCAAUCGGCCACUGCUUAGUGAUAAAGAGAAAAAUGAGUUUCCAAAAGUUGGGAUUAGCAAUCGUUUUUCUGGUUUUAUCUUUAGUGCCACUAACCUGCUUCUCUUUUAGCCUCCCAAGCGAGUACUCUAUAGUUGGAAACGACCUUCAUGAGCUGCUUUCUCACGAACGGGUGAUCGAGCUGUUUCAACAAUGGAAACUGGAGCACAAAAAGAUUUACAAGCACGCAGAAGAGGCAGAAAAGAGGCUCGAAAAUUUUCGAAGGAAUUUAAAGUAUGUGAUAGAGAAGAAUGCGAAGAAUGCAGAGAUGGGUACAGGAUUUAAAGUUGGAUUGAACAAAUUUGCAGAUUUGAGUAAUGAGGAGUUUAAGCAAACGUAUCUGUCGAAAGUGAAAAAACCUAUCAGUAAAAAGAAAAAUACAAUGAUGACUACCGGACAGAGAAAUUUGCAGGCUUGUGAGGCGCCUUCUAGCUUGGAUUGGAGGAAGAAGGGAGUUGUCACUCCAAUAAAGAACCAAGGAAAUUGUGGAAGUUGUUGGUCAUUCUCUGUAACUGGCGCCAUAGAAGGAAUAAACGCCAUAGUUACUGGUGACCUAAUUAGCCUUUCAGAACAAGAACUUGUAGAUUGUGAUACCACCAAUUUCGGAUGUGAUGGAGGCUAUAUGGACUACGGUUUUGAAUGGGUUAUUAACAACGGUGGGAUUGACACAGAAGCGAAUUAUCCAUAUACUGGUGUAAAUGGGACCUGCAAUAUCACCAAGGAGGAAAUGAAAAUUGUUACCGUUGAUGGGUACGAGGAUGUAGCUAAAUCAGACAGUGCCCUGUUCUGUGCUACAGCUCAGCAACCUGUUUCUGUGGGUAUGGAUGGUUCUGCAGAAGAUUUUCAAUUGUAUACAAGUGGGAUUUAUGAUGGUAAUUGCUCCAGUAAUCCAGACGACAUUGAUCAUGCCGUUUUGAUCAUUGGGUAUGGAUCUGAAGGUGAUGAAGAUUAUUGGAUAGUGAAAAAUUCGUGGGGUACUGACUGGGGUAUCGAUGGAUACUUUUAUUUAAGAAGGAAUACUGAUUUAACAUAUGGCGUUUGUGCUGUUAAUGCAAUGGCUUCUUAUCCUACUAAACAAUCCUCUGCUCCAUCUCCAACAAGUCCUCCUUCACCACUAUCACCUCCUCCACCACCAUCACUACCACCACCACCUCCUCCGACACCAGUGCCUCCACCUCCGACACCAGUGCCUCCACCUCCUCCUCCUUCACCAAGUGAAUGUGGAGAUUUCUCUUACUGUCCAAGCGGUGAAACAUGUUGUUGCUUUCUUGAAAUCUUUGAUAUCUGUUGGGCAUAUAGUUGCUGUCCUUUUGAGAAUGCUGUAUGCUGCCCUGAUUCAUUAGAUUGCUGCCCUAGUGAUUACCCUAUUUGUGAUGUUGUGGAAGGCCUCUGCCUCCAGAACCCAGGAGAUUACUUGGGAGUUGCUUCCAGGAAGCGGCAUAUGGCUAAGCACAAGCUUCCCUGGAGUAAAAAAGAGCAAAGCAAACGACAGACUUACCAACCUCUCGUGUGGAAGAGGAACCCUUUCGCUGCAAUUCGCUGAAAAAUAAUGUGAUUUUCUUAUUAAUUUAAAGUUGUUUCAUUGCAACUUUUUGAAUGAUCCUAUUACAAAAAAAACUUAUGUUUUAUAAAUAUUAUUAGGGGAAAAUUUGCAAUGUGUGUUCCAUUUGGAUUAUGGUUUUUUGAUUUUGAAUUAAAGAUUGGUUUCCCUUAUUAUAUAUGUCUUGCAGCUUUUUGCAAGCCAAAAAUUCAGUAUUGUUGUCAAGGCCUUGUAAUAAACCUUACUAAAUGGGUUUUUAAUUAAAAUAAACAAAUCAUUUUUCCAUUUGAAA